AUGAACGCCGGCGGCCAAUACACGGAUUUUCCGGCGGUGCAAACGCACGGAGGACAAUUUAUAAGUUACGAUAUCUUCGGUAGUCUAUUCGAGAUCACAUCCAAGUAUCGUCCUCCGAUUAUACCAAUCGGUCGAGGCGCUUACGGAAUCGUUUGCUCUGUGUUGGAUUCGGAGACGAACGAGCUGGUUGCGAUGAAGAAGAUAGCGAACGCCUUUGAUAACCACAUGGAUGCAAAGCGUACACUUCGCGAGAUCAAGCUUCUCCGUCAUCUGGAUCAUGAAAACAUUAUAGCUAUAAGAGAUGUGGUUCCUCCACCACUUCGAAGACAGUUCAGUGAUGUGUAUAUUGCCACUGAGCUAAUGGACACUGAUCUACAUCAAAUCAUCAGAUCCAACCAGAGUUUAUCAGAGGAACAUUGUCAGCUUCUGUUGAACUCCUCAGACUACACAGCUGCUAUAGAUGUUUGGUCUGUUGGUUGUAUCUUCAUGGAGCUCAUGAACAGAAAGCCUUUGUUCCCUGGUAAAGACCAUGUCCAUCAAAUGCGCUUGUUAACAGAGUUGCUUGGCACGCCUACGGAAUCCGAUCUUGGGUUUACACACAACGAAGACGCGAAAAGAUACAUCAGGCAACUUCCCACUUUCCCUCGCCAGCCUUUAGCGAAACUUUUCUCUCAUGUUAACCCAUUGGCCAUAGAUUUAGUUGACAGAAUGUUGACGUUUGAUCCCAACAGAAGAAUCACUGUUGAAGAAGCUUUGAAUCAUCAGUACCUUGCGAAAUUGCACGAUCCAAAUGAUGAGCCAAUCUGUCUAAAGCCAUUCUCUUUCGAGUUCGAACAACAGCCUUUAGAUGAGGAACAGAUCAAAGAGAUGAUCUACAAGGAAGCCAUUGCACUCAAUCCAACUUAUGCUUAG